UUUUAAAAUAAGUAUGGAGGACACUUCACCUCUUCCAAAAUCCCUUGUCAAAUUAGAAGAGAGGUUAAGAAAAUUCCCUGUGACGACCAAGCAAUUGGAACUAUUCAUUAAACUAAAAGUUGGGUAUAACCUCACAUCUUUAAAGACCAUUAAAACGCCUGAAGAUUACUAUGACCAGACUUACUUGAAAAGAUGUGAGAUUCUCCAAGUCCCAAAGCUGAACACAUUUGCAUUGUGUAAAACAAUAGUAAUGAAGAACAAAAAGUUCAAGGAGAGCUUGGCUACAGAUCCAAGCUACCCUCUCUUCAUCGGUGUGAUCGUGCAGUACGAAACUAAGCUCAGUAGCUCCAAGUUGUCAGAUCUCAUGAAGAAAUAUCAGAAUGAGAAUACUAAGACAGGCACCAAGGCUGCAAAGAAGGUCUUCCAUUAUAGAGUCUGUAGUGAAGAAGAGAGCAGAGAAAUCACAAAGUGUGAUUUUAAUGGGGUGACACCGUUUGAAUGGAACAAUGAGGUACCCAAGAAAAUCCUUAAUACUCCUGAAGGAGUCGACCUCGGCAAGAUCCCUAUGGUCCUCUCUGAUAAAAUUUUAGAGUUAGAAGGCGGCUACUUCUAUCUUGGAGCAGGUGAGAUGGUCACGAAGUUCGGAAUAUCGACAAUGUAAUUGUUGGAAAUAUUU